AUGGCGUAUGCAACACCGACAGCUUUAUUACCGCGCCAAGUCAACGUGAUAAUAGGAUCCAACCCGUCGGCUACCAUCUCAUCCCUCAGCAGCGCUCUCGUCACGGCUAGUAGCAAUAUUGCAACACUUUCUCAGCAAUCACAGCAGCUUUCUCAGCAGUCUCAACAGCUCUCGCAGUCGAUUCAGCAAUUAUCGCAGUCCACACAGGUGCUGUCACAAUCGAUACAACAGUUACAAAUACGAUCGGCCCAAGAUGUUCAGAACAUCCGCAACAGUGCUGCCAUCGCGAUGGCAAGCAUGGCCAGCAGCGCCAAUCUAGCCAUAGCUACAGCAUCGAACAACGCUGCAGUCGCCUUGGCGAGUAUUUCAGGUAGUCUUGCUGCGGUUGCCUCCGCGGCGAGGCAAUCUGUAUUGGCUGAACAAGCAAAUGCUAGUGCUGUCAGGGCCCAGGCACAAACGCAGGUGAUGACCGCCCAGGGCAACGCGAUCAGCGUGACACAGACAACCAUCGCUAUCGUCGCAUCAAUCGCCGGCACAUUCAUCUUGUCUCUAAUUGGCUUCUUGUUUUUCUUACGGAGCCGGAACCGACAGCAGAAGCGACGGAUUGCUGAGCUCAAAGGCACCAUCAAGAGACCUCUGAGUCCCACCGGCAGUAGUAAUAUGGUAUGGGAUAAUAAGGGAUGGCAUCAGAGUUCAGAGAAGGAACAACGAGAAGAGCGAACCCGGAUACAGUCGCCCGAGCCACAGCCCAUGAUCGGGGUUGCGACAUCCUCACAAUUCAGCAGGGAAGAGAAGAGGAGCAGUAAUUGGCCACUUUCGUCGAGUGCCUCGGUCGAUGCUCAAAAGACGAAACGCCAAACAAUGGACCCUUCGAACAUCACCAUUGUGAAGGUGGGACAAGCCGAAGGUGGUGCGGGUGGCAGCGAUCCGUCGCAACAACAAAGCACGGGGAUAGGGUCGACAAAAGCACCGAAUCUGUCACUAUUUCCAAAAAUCACUGAGCCGGGAUUAAAUAAGGACAAUCCGGGACAAGGGAAAGAAGGGUCUAAUUCCAAACAAGCGAACGUACCUACACAAUAUCCACCGCGAUAUAGCGUGGAGCCUGAGAGAGGCACGGUGGGCAGCAAUAUGAUGUGA